CCGUAUAGCUCGUACUAAGGGGCAUUAGAAAAGCCGGAAGGGAAGGCUUUCUGUCGCUCGGGUGAAGCCGGACUUGCUGACCCCUGAUCAUACGAUUAUCAAUAGCAUAGUGAUUCAAGAACACGCCACCAUAAACCCGCUUUUUUCUCCUGCUUUUCAUUUUCUGCUACAGGGAGUCGUCCGCCUAGGCGCGACGGGACUGCCCAAGCUAUGAGGCUUGGCCUGAUGAGACGAGAAUACUUCGGAUCUAAUAGUUCGAGUAUGGUUCUAGUACGAUAGUCGGACAGUUGUUUUUUGUUUUGUUUUUUUCGAUUCAUCGUAGCAUACGUGUAUAACAUAUAGCAUAUAAUAUAUAGCCUUGGCCUCUGUAUAUAAAAUGGAACAUCAUGUCUGGGGAAAUAAUCUAGCUAUGCAUCCAUCAAUCUACAUCCAGAUCCAAGAUCAUCAUUACUACUACUUACGACUACGGUCAAUAUAUUAGAUCUAUCAGAUCAAAGCAUCCAAAAAGCCAACCAUCAUGCAGGGUGAUAUCUUCCAGCUUGAGCAACUGACUGCCACCCAAGCAGCCGCUACUCAUGCUCAUGCUCACAUCGAACCCAGCACUGUCCCAGAGGACACCAAGAUCGACGCCCAGGUCGCCAUCUACAACGAGGACGAUCUUUCACAUUUGCUCUAUGCGAAUCACUUGCACCACAACGGCCAUAAGGACAGGGUUAUCAUCAACCACGUCUACCGCGAUGGCUACGCAACACCAUUUGAAUCGGGUACGCAAACGCCCGAAUCGGAGACCAACGAAACCCCAGUCCUCAGCGACUGCGAGUCCGACUUCGACGAAGGUGUGUACUUACCGUCCUCACUGGACCCUUAUUACCGGACGCGCCCACUAAGAUUUGAAGAUGGCUUCGAAUUUCCCGUCUUCCUAGGCAGACAGUCGGAGGAGACGUCGCAUGCCGUGGCGUCAGUGUCUGAAUUGGACAGGCAGGCAGAGCAGGUCCGCAUAGCUGCACUGGAAGAGAGCCACGUUUCUGAGAUUUCGGGACCGCUAAUGUCAUGGUGGCCCGCGUCAGAGGAGCUCAUGGAGCACGAAUGGAUCGAGUCCGAGGUGGUCGAACGCAAAACCUCUAAGAAGGCCUCGAAACAUCAGCAGGUCUCUAGUAUCGAAGGGCCCUUAAUGUCUUGGUGGCCUCUGUCGGUCGAUCUGCUGCGACACGAAUGGGAUGAACGAUUCUACGAAUGAAGGAACCGCAAGAACAUCUUCCUCCUCUGCUUUCAAUUGAUUUUGGCGUUAAAAACGGGCAAGGGGUUUGGUGCAUUUUCAGCUUAUUAUAUACCCUGGCAUCAGUUUUACUCAUACCCAUCUACACUACACAGAAUGAGCCUUCGAACCUAUAAACUUGUUUUUUUUAUAUAUGUUUUUUUUUUCUAUCGGGAUACGAAAGGCUUAUUUACGGGGUUCAAAACGAGGCCAGGGGAGUAUAGGUAUCUACAGAUAUGCGAAUGCGACGGAUAGGUUUUGGGUUUGUAGACUUACUUCGGACAGCACAGGGAAUAUGAUCAGACGAACAUCUGUGUACAGUAGUGUACACUUUUGGUAUGAAACUGUCUUUAGUUGACUGGCUUGAAUCCCACUUCCCACUCUUGGC